AUGCCUAUUGUAACUUUUGUCGGCGAACAUAGUGGUCUGAAACACGGAGUUAUGUCUGCCAUGAGGGUGAAACGGAUGUUAAGGAAAGGUUGUCAAGGCUACUUAGCUCAUGUAAUAAUGACUGAAGAGACUUCUACUUAUGUGGAAGAUAUUCAGGUAGUCAGACAUUUUCCUGAUGUUUGUUCCGACGAUUUACUUGGCGUACCACCGGAUUAUGAAGUGGAGUUCACUAUGGACCUAAUUCUAGGUACCGACCCUAUUUCUCUAACUCCUUAUCGUAUAGCUCCUGUAGAGUUAAGGGAAUUGAAAAUCCAGUUGCAAGAACCUAUUGAUAAGGGCAAUUAUGACUGCACUAUUGAAUAUCACCUUGGUCGUGCAAAUACUGUAGUAGAUGCUAUCAGCAGGAAAUCUCACGUUUUGGGAGUGGAUCACCAGGGAGCUCUGCUUGCCAACUUUCAAGUCAGACCAAUUUUAUUGGAUCGUGUUCUUGAGGCUCAGACGAAUGACUUAGAAUCCCAGGAGUUAAAGCAAGCAAUGUUGAAUGGCAAUAAGGGAGAUCUUAGGAUUCGAAGACCUGAUGGUAUGAUCAUCCAAGGCAAUCGAACGUAUGUACUGAAGCUGGAAGAACUAAAGAAAGAAAUACUCGAUGAGGCGUAUAUCUCAGCUUAUGCGAUGCAUCAUGAGAGUACUAAGAUGUAUUAUACUAUCCGACUUUUCUACUUCUGGCCGGGAAUGAAAAGAGAAAUUGCGGAGUACACUGAUGGACAAUCAGAGAGAACUAUUCAGACGUUGGAAGACAUGCUGAGGUCUUCAGUCCUGCAGUUUGGAGACUCAUAUCACAAACGCUUACCUUUGAUAGAAUUCGUCUACAACAAUAGCUUUCACUCCAGCAUUGGUAUGUCAGCAUUUGAGGCACUUUAUGGGAAACCUUGUCGCACACCGUUGUGUUGGUCCGAGGUAGGCGAAAGAGUUUUGGUGGGCCCUGAAACUGUAGAUGAGACGACACAGAAUAUUCAAGCAAUAAAGGGCAAUCUGAAGGCGUUGUACGUUUCGGGGAAGAAAGGAAAGCUAAGUCCUCGUUAUAUCGGACCGUAUCAGUUCAUUGAGCGAGUUGGUGAAGUUGCCUAUCGACUUGAUCUACGUCUAGAAUUGUCAAGAGUGCAUAAUGUGUUAUAUGUAUCCAUGCUACGGAGAUACGUCUUUGAUCCGUCACAUGUGAUUCAUCCUCAGCUGUUAGAGAUUAACCCAGAUUUGACUUAUGAUGAGGUUCCAGUGACGAUUCUUGACUGGAAAAACAAAGUUUUUAGGAACAAAACCGUUCGUAUGGUGAAAAUCUUAUGGACAAACCACUAUGUUGAGGAAGCUACUUGA